UUCAUACAGGUGGGAACAUUCGUUUGUCAGAAAUGUCAGAUAUUUAUUUGGAAUUUUGUGUUAUUCAGCUUUUUCUUGUACAAAAGUGUUUUGUAUAUUUAAUAAUAAACAUAUUAGAACUCAUUAUAUGUUUUUAAUAUGCCUCAAUUCACGGAAAAAACGUAUGGUUCUUCAUCGAGAACUAUAUAUAUUAAUCCACAUUUUAACAAACAAGUAAAACCAAUGGCGAAUGGCGCUGCAAAUCCAGUAAUAAGCAAAACAAUAACUACGGGUGCUCACAUAAAUCCAUUGUUUCUGGGUGUUUAUCGUCCGCCAGCAAUACAUAUGAAUCCUAACUUUUUCAAUAAUAAACUUCUUGAACAACAAAAGUUGCAACUAAAUUAUGUAUCAAAGGAUGUGAAUUUAAGCACAAACAAUUCUUCGAACAAAUCAAAUCAAACAAAAAAAUUACUCUUACAUGGUGAUAUUAUUGACUUAUGUGAUGAAUCCGAUCAGGAAGUAGAAAAACCUGUUGUAAAUGCCAGUUUGAAUAUGGCACCAAUAAGCAAGGACAUAAAACAAAAAAUUAUUACCAAAUCGCGCACAAAAAUUGUUCGCGAACCAGCUGUUAUUAAAAAAGUUGUUAUGCCUGCGCCAUCACCUCUCAUACGUUUAAGUAGUAAAAAAUUAGUAAGAAGAACGCAUAUAACUCCAACUGCUAACUUAUUACAUAAUAUCACACCCGCCUCCCCUAAAAGCACUCAAGGAAAGUACAAACUUGAUCGACGUCUCGGUUUGCCUGCCAUAAAAACAUCAGGUGUAAAAGUAAAACGGAAAAGUUUUGUUGCGCGCUAUGCGCUACAACGUUCCACUUCGGAAACAAAAAAUGCUUUAACCUCCUCGAAGUUGCGGUCACCGUCUAUCAACAAAAAAUUACAAAUGAUUAACAUCAACGGUGUGCUCUAUAGGUCAACACGCAACAAAUUACAAAGAAAAGAUGCUAGCACCUCAUCAAAUCAAUUGGUACCAACAAGUGUAGCCUCUAUAGGCGUAAAAUCCAAUUCCAAUAAAAAUACAAUACAAAAACCUAGCAAAACAGCAUACGAUCGUGUGCUAUUUGUGCAUGGCACAAAAUUUGUAUUAGAUAAGCAUGGUUUCAAACUGACGCGCAUUGCACCUACAAGCAAGGACAGCGUAACGGAUACCACAAAGUGUACAAUACCCGCACAAAGACAGCGCCAGCGCAUAGACAUUGGUGGCUUAACCUAUAUAGCUUCCACCACGCAAAACGUAUUCGUGCGUACACGUAACCAUUUGGCCUUGGCGCACUUAAAUACAGCGAAGAAUCGCAGUCUGCAGUUGCUCACGCGUCGUUUCGUGAAAACCAAUAUACCAUGUGCCAUUUACCAACGCAUAGGCAAAUGUAUAGCGCACGAAAGAGGCAAGUGCAACAAAGUGCAUGAUAAAAAGCAAGUUACCAUUUGCCCAAGAUUUCUGCGCAGUGAAUGCCACAACACAGAUUGUUUACUUUCACAUAACGUCUCGCUGGCAAAAAUGCCAGUUUGUAAAUUCUUUCUACAGGGUGUUUGCGUACGCACGGACUGCCCAUAUUUACACAAAAAGCUUAGCGUUAACGCAGACAUAUGCCAGGAUUUCCUACGCGGUUAUUGUAAAUUAGCGGAACAGUGCAACAAGCGUCAUGAAUUCGUGUGUCCCGAAUACGAGCGUAAAGGAAACUGUGAAUUAGUGAAUUGUGUGUAUUGCAAGAAUCGUAAACGAAAACUUUUAAAUGAGCCAACGAAACAGCCAAAAAAAGCAGUGAAUAAUAUUCAAGCCACACAAGCGAGUACGGGUGUAGCACAGCGUUAUUUCAUUGAUAAAUCACCAAACGCAAAUGCAACAACAUGUGAUAUGACGUUGAAGGAUGAAAGCGUUGAAGAUGAAGCGAUUGACACACAUACAGAAGCAUCUGAUUCUGAUGAUGAAAUGCCUUCGGCAUUUGUGCGUCCCAAAGUGGGCGCAUUGCCUGCCUUCAUACCGCUCUUGUAAAACUGAAAUAAGCGAAAUAUUAAAUUACUUACUGUAUAGCUGGGUAGACACAUUGGAAUUUUGCUCUUUUACAAGCAAGACACUGCGAAUUUAAUACUGAAUGACCUAAAGCGCCGUUUUUUUCACCAUUUUUUCUCUCUUAUACUGUGUGUUAACUGUAAAAUAUAUCAAUAAAAAAAUCAUAUGUGUCAUAUACAAAAUUGUGACGCGUUUCUAGCGCUGUGAGCCAAAAUAAAAUAUAAACAAGUUGUGUUGUUUUCAAAUAUUGCGUAUCAUAAUAUCAAUAAGGUAUUU